AGUCCUAGCCAGCUUCCAUUAAGAAAUGAAAAUGACAGAACAUAGAAUGCAAUUGAUGAAGAGCUGUAUGGGAAUGGAGAACUGUAAACCAUACAUUGCAGUGAUCUUCAUACAGUGUGUUUAUGCAGGAAUGGCUCUGUUUUCAAAAGCAGCAAUUGCUUCAGGAAUGAAUUCAUUUGUGUUUGUGUUUUAUAGACAAGCUUUUGCCUCCCUUGCUUUGGCUCCAUUUGCUUUCUUCUUUGAAAGUAAUAGAGAUGCUCCCCUAUCAUACACCUUAGUCUGCAAAAUAUUCUUCAUUUCCUUAUUUGGGAUAACAUUGAGUUUGAACCUUUACUCCGUGGCUCUCAACUAUACCUCUGCAACAUUUGCUGCAGCCACCACAAAUGCAAUUCCUGCCAUUACUUUCGUUAUGGCAGCUUUAUUCAGGAUGGAAAGCAUAUCCAUAAAAUAUGGGUAUGGAGUGGCAAAGAUUGUGGGUUCAGCAACAAGUCUUAUAGGGGCAUUGGUGUAUGCUUUUGUGAAGGGUCCUCCAAUACAGUUCAUAAAUUGGAACCAUACCACCACUCCACAACACUGCUCCUCAUGUCAUCACAGAGUAGACUGGAUUAAAGGCUCCAUUAUCAUGCUCUCUGCCAACACUGUUUGGUCUUUCUGGCUUAUCUUGCAGGGAUUGGUGGUAAAGCAAUAUCCGGCGAAGUUACGGUUGACGACUCUUCAAUGCUGGUUUAGUUGCGUGCAGUCAGCUGUUUUGGCCGUUGCCAUGGAGAGAAGUCCAUCAGCAUGGAAGCUUGGAUGGGAUGUUCAUCUUCUUUCCGUGGCUUACUGUGGUAUAGUUGUGACUGGAAUUACUUACUGGCUACAAGUUUGGGCAAUAGAGAAAAGAGGCCCGGUUUUCACAGCAAUGUUUACCCCAUUAGCACUUAUAAUUACAGCAGUCUUCUCUGCAUUAAUAUGGAAAGAAGCUCUUCAUUGGGGAAGCAUUGGUGGGGCAAUUUUGUUGGUGGGAGGGCUUUAUGGCGCUUUGUGGGGAAAGAACAAAGAGGAUAGAAAAAUUGAAACAAAUGAACGACAAGAAAGUAAGGAAGAAAUCACCUUAGAGUGCAUUACACAUCACUGAUUGAUGGGAUGGCCUGGGAUUAUUGUACCGUUAUCUGCCUUUUACUUUCCAACAAUCGCACACUACGUUUUUCACCUAGAUAAAUCCACACUGGCUGCUUUCUUUCUUUGUAUCUAGGGAAAGAUAUUGUUUCCCCUCUUUCUUUCUGUUUAUUUUCUCUUUUUUUUUUUUUUUGGUCUAUAUUUUAGCAUUUUUCUUCUGUUCUUUGUAUCUUUGUCAUUAUGUAUA